AUGACGCGAUCAUCCACCCAGGACUAUCGCGAAACGCUCGAUGCAAAGAGCAAAGAUCUCGAAGAUGGCACCACCGUCAUCAACCAAUACUCCAUCACCGAUACCAUUGGACGUGGCGCAUAUGGUACUGUUCGCAAGGCCGUGCUCACCGAACAGCCUGACGUCGCUUUUGCCGUCAAAGAGUUCGGCAAGACUCGUCUGCGCAAGACACACCGUGCAGAGCAUCUGCGCAAACCAGCCCGCGGCCGAGGUAUGCAGCGUCCUGGCAACCGUAGCGAUCCCACCAAAGGAGGGCCCAAUCCGAAGCAGGAUGAGCAGGACGAGGCCAAGGAUCCGCUCACCCUCAUCCGCCACGAGAUCGCCAUUCUCAAGAAGCUCCACCAUCCGAACGUUGUCCAGCUGUUCGAGGUGCUCGACGAUCCCACCAAAGACAACCUCUACAUGGUCUUUGAGUACUGUCCCGAUGGUACAGUCAUCGAUGUAAAGCCCAACGUCAACACCAAACCGCUACCCGAAGACGUUGCGCGGCUCUACUUUGUCCAGAUCCUCAUGGGCAUCGAGUAUCUCCACGAGAACGAGAUCGUCCAUCGCGACAUCAAGCCCGACAACAUCCUGCUCACCGACAACCGCAAGACGUGCAAGAUUGUCGACUUUGGCGUUUCGGAGAUGUUUCUCAAGCCAGGCGACGACACGAUGCAAAAGUCGGCCGGCAGUCCCGCUUUCAUGAGCCCCGAGCUCUGCACCGCCGGUCACGCAGAGUACCACGGCAAGUCCGACGACGUCUGGUCGUUCGGCGUCACGCUCUACUGCAUGGUCGUGGGCCACCUGCCUUUCAACAAGGACAAUUUCUACGCCAUGUAUGAAGCCAUCAAGAACGACGAGCCCGAAUAUCCGGAUCACCUCUCGGAUGACCUCAAAGAUCUGCUCCAAAAAAUGUUCAUCAAGGAUCCCGCAAAGCGCAUCACGGUGCCACAGAUGCGUGAGCAUCCUUGGACGCUCGCUGUCGAGGAUGGCAUCCUGCUAUCCAAGGAAGACAACCUCGAGGCCAUGGUCUCGGAGAUUACCGACGAGGACCUCGACUGCGCCAUUUGCAAGAUCACCAACAUCUUCACUUUUGCGCGCGCCGUCUCUCGAUUCAAAAAGGGCGGAUCCAUGCAUCGAGCUCGGCAAGAGACCAUGCGAUCUUCCUCGGGCGACAGCAACAGCAACGACCGAAGCUGGUUCCCUGGGUCCACCUCGAGUUCCAACGACAAGGACGGAUCCGACGCAAGGGACAGCGCCUCCGGAAGCGGCGAUGCCGCCACCAAGAGCUUGGCCAGUGAUGUCGAGACGAUCAAGGAGGAGACUCCGACACCGGCAUCACAAGAUACGGUCAUGGCUGAUUCCGAGACAGGCAAGUCGCAAGACAGCGACGACAAGGUGCGUGGUCUUGAGAAAGCUGCCGCGUCCAUGUUUGAAUCUCCUCAGAUGCACACGUUCGAGCUACCGCCCGAGGAGCCCAACUCCAAUGGUCCGUUGCAGCGCGAUCGCUCCGGUCCCAUCUCGACGCUGCACAGACUCGAAGCAGAUCAACGCAGCAGAAGUCCACCCAUCAUCACCAUGGAUUCACCCCGCAGCGCGUCACCCGAGAUGUUCCAUUCGCCCGCAUCCGAAGGCGACGCGCCGUUUGGCGAGUCGAAGAUGGACACCGGCUCGUCGUCACAGCCCUCAUCGAGCGUCAACACCAGCACGCGGAGCACAGGCGACCGAUCGACCGACUACACGACCGACACUUCCAAACCUGACGACGCCAUCGCCUCGCAUCUGUCUGACAUGAUGCUCGAACAGGGGAAGCAGCAUCACUCGUCCGAUGCACUGUCAGGCAGCGCCGGUCGUAAGUACGAGUCGCCCGAGCACUCCAUUCAGCCCGACACGCACAACGAGCCGGAUGCUGAUGACGACGACCAGGACGACAAUUCGCAGCCUCGACGGGCAAAGACACUGCAGGAACGUGCGGCGUCAUUGGGGAAAAAGGAGUCGAAACCCAAGCCCAAGCUGUUGCCGGAUCAGCCGACGUGUGAAAGCCCGCGGCAUGAGAAGAUCAAGACGCCGCCAGGUGCGGCCGAGGUAUAUAUGCAGUGCGGCGAGUCGCCGGAAGUAGCAGACGAGGAGGGGAAGAAAGACGAUAAUCCGUAUUUCAAGGAUUCAGAUAAGAGUGUGAUCCAAGGGGAAGCACAGGAGAAACACGAUUCGGACGAAGACAUGCCCGAGGCUGCCAAGCAGCAUCAGACUGUUUGA